AUGGAUUUUUGCAAAACCCCAAUUGUUCCUGACCCCCCACCCCAGGAGUUCAAUGCACGGACAGCUCAAUACAUCGCCGGCACGCCCAUACCUGCGCGCAUAACAGUGCGCCCAGACCGCUCCUUCCACUUCCAGCUACGCACACCACCAACAGCUACACUCCUCCUCAGCGCCGCGGGUGUAUUGCCUACAAAGAACAAGAUACGAGGUGCGGGCAAUGUGCCCGGACCGAUGAACAAUCAUGAUGGGCAAAAGGGCAAAACGUCGACGAGUAGUCCGACGGUGGGGAAUGCGAUAAAAGGGACUGUGGGCACGGUGAGCUUGAAACAUGUGUAUGAGAUUGCCAAGAUCAAGCAUAGUGAGACGAGGUUGAGUGGGCUGAGUUUGGAGGGGAUUGCGAGGAGUGUGGUGGGGCAGGCGGGUAGCUUGGGUGUGGUGGUUGUGCCAUAG